AUGAACAAUAUUGCUCAAAUCCUUCUCUUCUUUAUUGCUAUCUUUGAAGCUACAAUUGCUGGAGAACACAUCCUCCGGUUACAAGGUAAUGAUUCAUUUUUCAAUCCAGCUGUUCUAAUAUUUUAUGACGGAAGUAAUGUGGAAAAUAUUUUGUGUUGAACUAUGACUAAGAAUGAAAAAAGAGAGAAAAAUAUUUGAUAAGCAAACAAUAGCAUUUUAGAGGGAGUCCACUCUGGAACCACACUCAUUGGAGUCGAGCAGGCAUCGAGUGUGCUGAUCCGAUGCGAACAUCCCGAUGGAAAAGUUGGAUCACUUCGAUGGUUGCGCGGAGGAACAGCGAUUAAACCGGACUACGUCAAGAUCAAAUCGUACGUGUGAUCAGAAACAAGUACUCUGCAACUGGUUGUUGUAUUCCAGAGAUGCGUCAUUUGUUGAAAUCAGCAGCUAUCAAUCAGAUCAAGACGACGGAGUUUAUGAGUGCUCAGCGGUCAGUAUCAGUUGGCAACUCUAUUGGAAAACCGUAUUUCUUCCAUUUUCAGCCUGGAAUGUCCGCUUCCUACAGACUAAAAGGAGAAAAAAAGCACAUUCUUCCGGAAGGAUUCCGUUAUUGCUAUGGAGAAGAAAUGGCCAGCUGCAAACACGCCGAUCAAUGUCUUGUCGAGAUUUCCACGAGUCACUUCAGCUGUGUGUGAGUAGCAGUCCAAUUUCAGCUGCCAUCCAUAACUUCACCGGAAACUCAUGCUCUCAUAUUUCAGUUGCGAGGACGGAUGGGCCGGAGCUUCAUGCGACAUGAUAUCUGAUCCGGUCAGAACUCAUCCUAUUAUUACUCCGCCAGUCUGCGCUUACUGUAUGUCUUCUUAACACUUACUCUAACCGGCAAGGUUUUGGCUAUUUUACGGUGCUAAGUGACCUUCUGUCCUGUCUUUUUUCUCUGUCAAAAUAACCAAAACCUAACUAGUUGCUGAGCUGUUUUUGGGGUGCGUUUCCAUGUAACAAUGACUUCUCUCUUCAGGGCCCCCAGUGGUGACUCUUCUCGCGUUCAUCGCCAUCAUUGUACUCCUGGCGUAUUGUCUCUACAAAUUCAAAGUACGCAAUCCGCACCACUACUCCAAGUACACGACCACGACGGUCAGCAAUAAUAACAACAACAAGCCGCCGAUGUAAGUAUGAGCUUCUAUGCAACCGUUCUAUCGAGUUCUCCUUGACACACACACAUACACACGUUUUUUAAUUGAAAUAAUAGAUAUCUUAAAUUCGUAACUUUCAGGGUAUCUGGAGAGUACACAGCAGUCCAUCAGCACCCUCCUGGACAGAGAAACGGUGACGUAGUGGCAGACAUGGUCUGA